GACGCACACGUGCGCGCGGCGCACCGCCACCGUGGGCGCCCCAGACCCGCGCCUCCCCGGCCCGGGCGCCCGCCCCCGAGGCCCGGCGGCAUGCGCUGCGCGCGGAGGAGCUGACGGCGGCCGGCCGAGUCCUUCGCCAUGCUGCGCUCGGCGCCGCCUGGCCGCUACCUGUACCCCGAGGUGAGCCCGCUGUCGGAGGACGAGGACCGAGGCAGCGAAAGCUCGGGCUCCGACGAGAAGCCCUGCCGCGUACACGCGGCGCGCUGCGGCCUCCAGGGCGCCCGGAGGCGGGCCGGGGGCCGUCGGGCGGGGGGCGCCCCGGGCCCCGGGGGCCGGCCCGGCCGGGAGCCCCGGCAGAGGCACACGGCGAACGCGCGGGAGCGGGACCGCACCAACAGCGUGAACACCGCCUUCACCGCGCUGCGGACGCUCAUCCCCACGGAGCCGGCCGACCGCAAGCUCUCCAAGAUCGAGACGCUGCGCCUGGCCUCCAGCUACAUCUCGCACCUGGGCAACGUGCUGCUGGUGGGCGAGGCCUGCGGCGACGGGCAGCCCUGCCACUCGGGGCCCGCCUUCUUCCACGCAGCCCGCGCCGGCAGCCCCCCGCCACCCCCAGCCCGAGACGGGGAGAACGCCCAGCCCAAGCAGAUCUGCACCUUCUGCCUCAGCAACCAGAGAAAGUUGAGCAAGGACCGGGACAGGAAGACGGCGAUUCGGAGCUAGAGGCGGAUGCCGCUGGGCCACCCACGGACAGCCCCCAUGGACCUGACUCGGGCACAGGCCCCCGCACAGGAGGGCGCCCCCCGGGCCCGGGCCGCCUCCGGCCUCGAGUGGGGUCGAUGGACAGACAGGCGGCAGGCAGGACUCUGAGCUGGCCACAGCACUUGCCCAGGCCCACUGGAACUUUCCAUGCUGGCUUCCUACCGGGGGUUUCUUCUGGUUACUGUGUGCUGGCAUCUCGUGUCUGUGGUAUGGUAAUAUAAAGCCUGGAAAUUUUGUAUAAUU